GUUGUUAAUCAGUGUGUAUGGCCUGAACAGUGUGCGGUGUCUCAGCACACAACUACCCCACCUCUUUCUAAUAAUCAACCACCGGUUCCUACCGCUGAACAGACUAUGGAUCAAGUACAAGAUUCUGUGGAUUGUUCUCAACAAGCUGAUGGAGUCUAUGGAGCAAGUUGUUUGCCUUCAUUCACACUGUGUUCAAAUGGUCGAGCGCACAAGACACAGUGUCCGGCGGAUCUACUGUUUGAUAGUGUGAAAAAACGUUGUGUGUAUCCAAAUGAAAUGAACUGUGCAUCCAAGGGAGUGCAACAAGAUCAAUCUAAUGCACCUGCUGAAAAGAGUCAGCAAUCUGCAGCAAUACCUUCAACUGACUGCUCAAAAAUGAGCGAUGGUGACUAUUCGUUGGGAUGUACACCGGAGUACUGGUCUUGCGUUGAUGGUUUCCAAGUGAAACGUAGAUGUGAGGAUGGAUUAGUUUAUGACUCAACACAAAGACGUUGUGUACCAUCUGCAGAUUGUUUGAUGCAACAGCAUUCCGAUGGAUCGUUCGGCAUGCUUAUGGAUGAUGAGACUGGAUUAUUCAAUUGCUCGAAACUAGGCGAUGGUUUGUAUGGUAGUGAUUGUUCGUCGUCGUUUGUGAUUUGCUCGAAUGGUAUUUCAACGAUCCAUAAAUGUCCAUUUGGUACAGUGUACAGUCCAUCGAUAGCGAGAUGUGCUUACGCGUCAAAACGUUGCUCGAAACUAGGCGAUGGUUUGUAUGGUGGUGAUUGUUCGUCGUCGUUUGUGAUUUGCUCGAACGGUAUCUCAACGAUCCAUAAAUGUCCAUUUGGUACAGUGUACAGUCCAUCGAUAGCGAGAUGUGCUUACGCGUCAAAACGUUGCUCGAAGCAGUCCACACCAUUCGUCAUGAAACCAACAUCAAAUGCUGAAAAUCAGUUCGUUGCUCCAUCGUCCAAUAACGCGAAUGCGCAGAGUGAUGAACAGAGGAGAUUCGAUGUUUCAUCGGAGAUGUGCUCUAUGAAGGCAGACGGCAUCUAUGGCUCGGACUGUUCGAUUGACUAUGUUCAGUGUGCCAAUGGUCAUACUUUCAAAAUGUCGUGCCCGCCAGGACUUUUAUUCAGCACAAAAACUCGGUCGUGCGAUUACCCUUCAUUCAUGAAUUGUCUUCCAUCACCAAGUUCACCAUCGUCACAAGCGACUUCACCCCUUCCUCAAGAACCAGCAGUGCCCGAAUCGACUGCCCCAACAUCAGGUGUGAUAGAUUGUCAGUCGUUGGCUGACGGUAUAUACGGCACGUCUUGUGCUACAGCCUUCGUUCAUUGUUCAAACGGUCUUACGCACAUUCAGCACUGUCCAUCAGGCCUUGUUUUUUACUCUGAUCGUAAGGUAUGUGACCUACCCUCAUCUGAGUGCGGGUUCGCAACAGAUACCCCAGUUAACGCCGAUUCAGUAGCCCAAUCUUCAGCUACCUUACCGCCAAACACUCAAAUGCCAAUAGACUCAGGUCCGAUUGACUGUUCAACUCGAACAGAUGGUGUUUACGGCCGUCCCUGUGCGAAUACAUUCAUUUACUGUUCAAACGGUCGACCGCAAUCAAUGAACUGCCCGUCUGGUCUUCUUUUCAAUGCGAAGAUAUUAGCGUGUGAUUUUCCAUCAUCGGAAUGUUCAAUUUCGACCGCACCAGCCUUUAUGCCCACUUUAGCUGUAUCCGUGGCAGCCGACAGCAAUACUGACCGGCCGUGGUCCAAAAGUGUCCAAACGCUCGGACAAACUGAAGCUCAUCAACAGCAGCAAGAACCACCAGUAGUAGAUUGUUCAGUGCAGAAAGAUGGAGUUUAUGGUGUGCAUUGCUCUCCAACAUUCAUGCAAUGCUCUAAUGGCAAACCGUUCGUUAUGGUUUGUCCAAACGGCCUCGUUUUCGAUGACCAGUCUUCAAAAUGCGAUUUCCCGAAGCUUCAGUGUCAGAAUCAAGCAUCGAGUUCGAUAAUUUCAUUGGAACCUACAGUGAAAUCUUUGAUUGAGACUACACAAACACCACAGACUGAAGCACACUCUGUGCCUGGAUCUGCAGUGGAUUGCAGUAAAUUGCCGACAGGGGAUUACUCGUUGGGUUGUUUCACUGAAUACGUUACGUGCUUAAGUGGCACGUUGAUAAGACGCUUUUGCCCUCAAGGUCUCGUCUUCUCUGAGAGGCGACGUUUCUGCGUAUGGCCUCAAGAGUGUGUUGAAAGUGAAGGUUCAAUGGAUUGUUCUUAUUUACCUGAUGGGCUCUAUGGUGGAUCAUGUUCAACAGUGUUCGCUGAAUGUUCAAAUUCAAAAGCGAAGAUAUUCAAAUGUCCAUCUGGACUACUUUUCGAUGCGUUGUCAAGACAGUGUGAAUACCCAAGCGAUACUUGUAUGUCCGUCAUAGCGCCACGUCCAUUUGCAACCACACAGCCAACGGCAUCUGCUGGACCAAUGGAUGCAUCAGCAAUGGUGGAUUCAUCACCUUCACAUGCAAACGACGUUGCUUUCGACUGUGCUCACCAUUCAGAUGGUGACUACUCAUUGGGAUGUGCCUCUCGAUAUAUUACUUGCAUAGGCGGUAUUGCGCACAUACGUUAUUGUCCAUCAAAACUUGUUUAUGAUUCUAUCAUGAAGCAGUGUGUAUGGCCUGAACAGUGUCGCCCAACGGCCCCACAACAAAUGCCCACUGGUCAAUCCACAUUCGUGCCUCAACCAAGUUUUCAACCUACAUCUCUGCCAACGCAACUCCCGUCGACAGAAGGUGAU